GGAGGAGGGCAGAGGAAGGCAACAAAAGCCUUUACCCGGGAGAAUCAGUAAGCAGACGUGUGGAAGACGUUGGGAGGAAGCUGUCCCAGGAUAAACGAUUCGCCUAUAGCUCAUUCGAGUCGACUAUCAAGAGUAAACAUCACAACCAGUUAGAGGGAAACUGUAGGGAUCUAAAGCUGACAAUAAUACGACCCUUUUCUCUCCAAUGACAGAUUAAUACACAUCAGUUUUUACUAACAGUCGCCAUAUCUGUUUAACAGUUCCAGGAAAUUUUGUUUUGUGUGGAUUUUUUACUCUGUUUCUGUGCUAACAUCAAUGUGAGGAGUCAGUUUUCAACUUAGUUUUAACGAAUUUGAGGUGUUUUUGGGUGGUGUAGUUUUCUGUAUGUUCAAUGUUUGUGACGGAACAAGAAAUUGCCAACCCAAUGAAAGAAGAGUCUUUAUCAUCACAGUUGUCAGCCGUCAGGAACUGGAUGCAGCCGACAGUACUGGAUCAAGGUGGCAGCGUUGGGUUGAGCCGCGCCCACUUUGAGAAGCAACCACCAAGUAAUUUAAGAAAAAGUAAUUUUUUCCAUUUUGUUUUGGCUUUAUACGAUCGUCAAGGUCAACCAGUAGAAAUAGAAAGAACAGCUUUUAUAGAUUUUGUUGAAAAAGAUCAGGAACACGAAUCACAGAAAACCAACAAUGGAAUUCACUACAGAUUACAACUUCUCUUCGCUAACGGUGUACGACAAGAACAAGAUAUAUACGUACGGCUUAUUGAUUCAGUUUCUAAACAGGCUAUUAUAUACGAAGGUCAGGAUAAGAAUCCAGAAAUGUGUCGAGUUUUAUUAACCCAUGAAGUUAUGUGCAGCCGAUGUUGUGACAAGAAAAGUUGUGGAAAUCGAAACGAGACGCCAUCAGAUCCAGUUAUUAUAGACAGAUUCUUCCUAAAGUUUUUUAUGAAAUGUAACCAGAAUUGUUUAAAGAAUGCUGGCAAUCCGCGAGAUAUGAGAAGAUUCCAGGUAGCUGUAUCGACGUCAGUAGCUAUAGAUGGGCCACUAUUAACAGUGUCAGAUAAUAUGUUUGUACACAAUAACUCGAAACAUGGUCGACGAGCAAGACGACUCGAUCCUACAGAAGGAGGUUAUCCAGGCACUACUUUGUAUUCCGACCCGAUGUAUCCUAAAAUACAAAGCCCCGCUAGAAACCAAGAUGGUUUUGUAUUUCCAGCUACGCCAUGUAUAAAGGCUAUCUGUCCAAGUGAAGGUUGGACGAGCGGUGGAACAACAGUUAUUAUUAUAGGAGAUAAUUUCUUCGAUGGUUUGCAACUCGUGUUUGGUACCAUGUUAGUCUGGAGUGAGUUAUUGACGUCACAUGCUAUACGUGUACAGACCCCGCCACGUCACAUCCCUGGUGUUGUGGAAGUGACGUUAUCCUAUAAAUCUAAACAGUUCUGUAAAGGUGCUCCUGGCAGAUUUGUAUAUACAGCUUUAACCGAACCAACGAUUGAUUAUGGUUUCCAGAGAUUAAUGAAAUUGGUUCCACGACAUCCGGGUGAUCCAGAAAAACUACCAAAGGAAAUUAUUUUAAAAAGAGCAGCCGAUUUAGCGGAAGCACUUUACUCGAUGCCGAGGAAUCACAAUCAAUUGUCACUUCCUGCACCCCGAUCACCGGCCAUCAACAACACCUCACCUAUGUCAGGAUUCAAUGCAUACCCAAGUCAGCUUGCCGUUAGUGUCGGCAGUGUGGCGGAUUCAGCUUCCGGUCAGUGGGAGGAAGGUUAUAAUAGGAGUCAGAGUUCGAGUGUUUCACCCCGAGGUUAUGGUUCUAACGGUUCAACACCUCACAGUAAUGGCAGCUACACGAGCACACCGGGGAUGAACGGUUAUCACCAUGGUGGUGGUGCACUAGGGAAUAUGGGUUUAGACCAUUUUUUACGAGAUGAAGCCAGCAGAUUAGGAGUUAAUGCCCCACAUUCGCCACCUAUUCACAAUAUGGCUGCCCAGGGUCUGGGGAGCUGUACGCCUGGUAUAUUCUCCUUCUCACCGGCCAAUAUGAUCACUGCCGUUAAACAAAGAAGUGCUUUCGCUCCAGUGCUAAGGGGGGCAAAUAGUCCCCCGCCCUCCUUUCCUGGUAUUCAGACUGGGGGUUGGACUCACCCAUUUUUACACGAAUGAGUUCGAUAGUGGCGUCCCCAUUUACAAGCGUGAAUCCAUUCGCUUUGCCCACGUGUAACUCACAGGCGUACAGUGGUUCAAUUGUCUCCCCUGCCAAAUGACCACUAGAUGGCCGCCAUAUUGAACGGACCUCAGACACGUAUUAAACGUCGUAUGAUUGGUUGAAAAUCAAAAUAAAGUGAAAGUGGUGGCGAUAGUUAAAACUUUGUGCUGUGAACUGAAUCAAUGAGACACGAGACUUUGUUCUGUUUCAGUUAUGACUCUAUUUGAUAUAAUCUCUUUAACUAAAGAGACCAUUUACAGUAUUCUACUUAAAACUAUCUUUAUUAUUGUGAUACCCAUACUUCCUCUCUUGCCAGGAGUUAUCUCCUCAUGUAUAUAGAGUCUCAAUUAACCAGCUCACGCGUCAUCUUGCUCAGAGGACUGGAUAUCUGGGACACUGGUAGUCGCGAUCGCGAUCUACAGGAUGAAUCUUCAUCUCGAACCACGAUUCAACGUGAAAACCGGAAGUUAUUGAACUAUAGAAAAUAGUUCGUUUUUUGUGCUAGAACAAUAUUAUUACUACGCAGGGAUGGUCAAGUGAAACGUGAGUGAACAGUCAUGAAUAAAAAAAAUUCUUACACUGACAAAAUGGAGGUGUUUUAUCUACUAUUUGUAAAUGACGAUGUGUUUUGAUGUAUAUUGAAGUCACGUGCUAUGGAUUAAUUAAUUAAUUAAUUAUGAUAUUAUAUAUAGAAACAAAGUUGUAAAUAUUCAUACUGUUAAAUGGUGUUCAUUUUAUUUAUCAGUUUAAAUACUGAUCUUUAUAUAAAAAUAUUUUAUUGUUUAAUUAAAUCAAAAUAAGAGUUCUACUUAAAAUCAUAGACGUUUUAUUUCAAAAGUUUAGUUUAUUGCCUUUUAUGGUAAUUCUUUUUUAAAUAAAUAAUUUAUAUAAAAUCAAAAUACCCACAAGUAAACCAAUUCAUGCGGCAGAAAUGAAAUGUGGUUUUAAGCCCGGACCUUUAUGUAGCAACUGGGUUAAUGAAGAUGGGCACGCUUAUCCGACUAGUCAAAUGUCUUGCAUAGUCGUGAUCAUCAAGACGCAAGCCACAUAGUAAUUAUAGAUCAUGGUUUUGCUUUAAUUGAAAAUUAGAUUUUAUUUAUAGAUUUAAGCAGGAGACCAAUUCAUGAAAACUUGAAACUAAAACAGUUUAAUGAUUCAUUGAUUGAGCACUAACUUCAUAGCACACAUUUUUUCUUCUGACCAAUGAAAAAGCUACAUUAAGUUUUCGUGAAUAAGGCGGUCAUAGUUGUAUGGAGAGCCAUCUCUGCAAAAAAAAAGGGUAUUUUAAUUUAUGACACUGCUGAGAUGUCCUUUCAUUUCAACUUUAUAUAAAUUGAUAUAUGAAUGGUGUAAAGUGACUUGUCUGCGCUACUAAUCCCAGUGGAAGCAGAAGUCAAGCCCCGCGAACGAACAAACGUCUAAAAUGACAAAUAUACAGAUUAUAUUAGUAGACAAGGUUAUCUAGUCAUAAUAACAGCCUCGAUUAUUCUAGUCAUAAUUGUUAUCAAAUGUUUAUAUUUUGUAUGUCUACGUAAACAUGUAUGGUUUAAAUACAUUCACAAAGUUUUAGACAAAAACAUCUAGUCAGCUUGGAUAAAAAAAUAACAUAUUAUAUUAUUGAAUUUAGGGGAAUUUAGCAUAAAUUGUAGUUAUUAAACCAAAGUUAAGAAUAGUCCCCAUAUAAAUAAUUGCAUUUAAAACGAUUUAAAUUUACGGAAAUAUCGUUGUUGUUAAAGGACAAUAUUGGUGUCAGUCGUUAUCUCAUAUGUGAUAGAACUUGUUAAACACGUUCCAAAUAUAAUUUUAACACGAUAGAUGCGUAAUUAAGGGAACAACAAACGGAAGUAACGAACGCAAAACGAAAACACGGGUCAUCCUUCUAUAUAACUGAUUGAAGUGACGAGUAUUAACAGAUACACGGGCGAAUUUCUGCUCACUAAUAAUUCCUUCGAAGACCAAAAGUUGUUAUAUGAGACUGUGAGAGGAUAUCUGACGAUUCAAAAUGACUGACACCAAUAUUGUCCUUUAAACGAAGAGUUAUCAAAAGUCCCCUGAUAUAUUAUAAAAUAUUUAACAGUAUCUUUCAAGAAAAACCGAAACAGAACAUAAUGUCCCUUAUAUUAUAUUAUUGCAUUUUAUAAGAUUACGUUUUUACAAACAGACACUGUGUGCAAUGUUAUCAAAAGUCCCAUAUUUUUAUCUAGUCAUUUUGUUUUAAAUAUUGAAUAGAUUUGUUGAAAUGAAUGGUUUAUUCUAGUCAAUUCCAUAUAAAUUAUUCUUUACAACGUGUGUGGUGUAAAUUGUUCCUGUAUGAGAAUUCGUAAAAAAAAAUAUUCAUAAGAACGUCAUCCAUUUUCCAUAAUACUCUAAACGUUUAAAGUUCUUGAAUUCUUGUAAACUGUGUACAUAAUUUUAUCUCAUGAAUAUUCAUUAAUUAGUAGUAAUGAUGUCAUCAGAUUUUGAUAUAAAAUGGCGUCAUAAAAGGAAAGCAAUGUGUGUGAAUUUAAUGACGUGAAUUUAAUGACGGGGAAUACGUCAUGAUAUAUUGAUUAAAAUGACGUCACAUUAUAAGGAGAUGUGCAAUAUGUAAGUUUUAAAGUAAAUCUGUUGAAUAAUAAAUUUGUUUAUUUCUGUAUAUGAUUUUAAUAUACUGUCUCAAAUAUUAUUUAUUCUAUGAUAUAGACUGUUUUUAUAUUAACAAGUUUUCAGAUCCAAUAAAAACAAUUUUCCUCAGGAA